AUGACCUCCUGGGAUGAGCUCUUUCAAGCUGCCGCGGGCGCUGCGCCUGAUGUGGAUGAGUUCUAUGAGGAGUAUGGUGCUGCGCCGUCGGUGUCAAUCGCCGGGGGUGGGGAUGAUGCUUCGGAGGCAGAGAAUUCUCAGGCUGAGGACCAAGAAGAGGAGGUACGAAUACAGGAUGGUGAGUCCUUCGCUGAGGCGUGCUUCGCAGCAGCUCUGGAACAUGAUGAGCAAGAGCGUCCACCUCGUGCUCGAGGUGCCAUGUCGAUGCAAAGCCCGGGGGCCCAGACAGAUGGCCGCUGCGAGGAAGCGCCUUUAGGGCUCGGCUUGCUUUCCUGUGGAAGCUUCAGAUUCUUGAACCUCAUCAAGCCCGUGACCUGCGUCCUCCCAGAGGUCGAAGCUCCGGACCGCCGCAUCCCUUUCAAGGAGAAAGUCUUGUGGACGUCGAUCUCUCUCUUCGUCUUCUUAGUCUGUUGCCAGAUCCCGCUCUACGGCGUGUUGACCUCCAAGAGCUCUUUGGCGAUGCUGGGUAUCUCGCCCAUCAUUACCUCCGGCAUGGUGAUGCAACUCUUGGCUGGCAGCAGGAUCAUUGAUGUGGACAUGACUUUGAAGGAGGAUCGUGCGCUCUUCCAUGGCGCCCAGAAGUUGUUUGGCAUGCUGAUCACCAUGGGAGAGGCCGUGGCGUACGUGAUGAGCGGCAUGUACGGGAGCCUUCGUGAGAUUGGUUUUAUGUGUGCGAUCCUCAUCAUCAUCCAGCUCUUCUUCGCCGGCGUCGUGGUGAUUCUGCUGGAUGAGUUGAUGCAGAAGGGCUAUGGCAUUGGCUCAGGAAUCUCGCUCUUCAUCGCCACCAACAUCUGCGAGAGUGGCCCAGUCGGAGAAAACCACGAACCCGACCGCUCGGUGGCAUGUUCUGCGUUGAAGCUGAUGGUUUUUGGAAGAUGUGAGCAGCCACUUUUCAAGUGGCAGAUGGAAGUUCUCUUCUGGGAGGGAAGGAGGCGAGUUUGUGUGGUUUCAUCGAGUUGCCAGGUCCCAGUUGACUUUUCGGAUCACUGA